UUACAGAUUGAGAAACAGAAAGAGUGCAUUUUCAAGUAGCUAUUAAUUUUAUACAAAAUCCAUUCAAUUUAAAUUUCUCAUAUCAAUUAUUGAUUUAAUUGUUGUGUAACAUCGCAGUCAAGAUAAAUAAUUUAAAAAGUUUCGUUAAUUAUUUAGGAACAAACAACAAAUUUGCAAAAACAACAUAUAUUUUAUUUCUAUACGGUAUAUUUACCGCCGCCAAAAUUAGUUACUACUCUAAAUACAACGGAAAUAUUUCCACCAUGGCUAAGCCAGUAUUAUAUUCCUACUGGCGAAGCUCUUGUUCGUGGCGUGUUAGGAUUGCCUUGAACCUAAAAGAAAUACCAUAUGAUAUUAAAGCAGUAAGUCUGAUCAAAGGAGGUGGAGAACAGCACUGCAAUGAAUAUCGGGAGGUAAACCCUAUGGAACAAGUGCCGUCACUAGUUAUAGAUGGACACACAUUUGUAGAAUCACUUAGUAUAAUGCAUUAUUUAGAAGAAACAAGACCUCAGAGAGCUCUUAUGCCUCAAGAUUGUUAUAAGCGGGCGAAGGUUCGAGAGAUUUGUGAGGUCAUAUCAUCUGGCAUCCAGCCUCUACAAAAUUUAAUUGUUCUAAUAUAUGUGGGAGAAGAUAAGAAAAAGGAAUGGGCCCAACAUUGGAUUAUGCGCGGUUUCAGAGCAGUCGAAAAGCUUCUAUCGUCCUGUGCAGGAAAAUAUUGUGUUGGUGAUGAAAUAACUCUAGCUGACUGUUGCCUUGUGCCACAAGUGUUUAAUGCAAGAAGAUUCCAUGUUGACCUUCGUCCAUUCCCAAUAAUACUUCGCAUCGAUCGUGAGCUGGAGAAUCAUCCGGCUUUUCGCGCCGCGCAUCCCUCUGCGCAGCCCGACUGUCCACCGGAAGUAGCCAAAUGAACCUACGCCUGCGAACAUCACCACUCCCUAGAGUGGAUUCCCAUACACUUAUAAACAUAUUGUAAACCUUGACAUAAUUGUUAGCUAUAGUUUUUAAUUAGGUUUCUUCACAACCAUGUAUGAACCCUUUAAUUUUGAUAGUUUUUGUAGAAAAAUAUUUUAUAAACUCAUGCUUUAUUAAUAAUUAAAAAUAGUUCAGCUCAAAUCGCCUAUUUGCCAAAAUAAUAUUAUCAUAUAAAACUACUAAACUUAACAAUAGUCUUCUAGUCAAAUUAUUUGACUUCAAGUUAAAUAGUUGUGAUAUUUGAAACAAGAAAUUGGUUUAGCAACUAAAAUAUAGUCUUAACUAUUUAGAUUCUCAAUAUUUGGGUACAUCUUUUAAAAAAAAAACAGGUUCACACUAGAAUAAAUAUUGGACAAUAUGUUUAUACAACAACUAAAAUCGGCACCAAAAUAAUUAAUUGCAAUAUCGAAAUAUAUAUUCUACAUUUUUUAGCAUAUAUUUUAAUUUACUACACUCAUUUAUAGAUUCAAUUAAAAUAAUAGGCUUGUCUCAGAUAAGUGCGGAAUAAAAACAAUUUAUAGUUUUAUAAUAAUUAUUAUAGAAUUAUAUUUUUAAUUUCUGUUAAUAUUUUUGAUAGAUAUUUUAUUUGUUAAGUGUAUUUUGCUUAGCAUAUUUUAAUCUAGUCUUAUACUAGUUAUUUAUACAUUUUAAAUGGUUUUACAAGGUUUCACUGUCAAAUCCAAUAUGUAAAAGGACGACUAAUGAAAUAUUAGGAAGUAGUAUCUAUAAAUAAUCAUAAUUUUGUAGAACAGAAGUACCGCGGGUAUAUUUGGUACUAGUAGAGAUUGGGAAUAAGAAGCAACUGCGUUUUUCGAAUAAAGUUAUAGAGUUAAUUGUGUUACUUACAAACCAAUGAUUUGAUCUGUCAGUAAUCCAUAGAUACUAAAUCACUAAGUCUCAUUAUUACUUUUCCAUAAGUGAAAGUUUUAUUUCGCUUUUUAAUUGUAUUCUAGUGAUAACAAUUCCAAAUUUCGAAAAAGAUUCUACUUGAGAAGUAUUUUGUACCUGUGGAUUUCUGAGUUAUUCUAUCAAUUUUCAAUAAAAUAUAUAUGUAUAUUAUUUCGCAGUUUUAGAUAGUAUGAGAUUAUAUUACGUUUUUUUUUUGAAAGGCCAUAUUGUCGUAUUUCCUGAGUUAAAUUAUGCUUAGUUUAUUCUUAUAACAUUCCAAGCGUAAAAAUAUAUGUCUAAGAUUUUAUUCUUAUUGUUAUUUUAUUAUAUUUGGUAUGUGAAUCUAUUGUAGUGAUAUGUAAUUGGUAUGUGAUCUGUUUAUAUUCGUUUUUUAUGUGCAAUUUCAGUAGGAUUCAAAGCCUGAACUAGAUAUUUUUAAAAUAUUUUUUUUUUUAUCAUUAUAUACAACUUUUAUUGUUUU